AUGGUCUCUUUUAAAUCAUUAAUUUUAUUAUCAUCAGUAGCAUUAAAUGUUCAAUGUUUUAGUUUAUUACAUGAUAUAGAAGGUUUUGCAAUUUUACCACCAACUGAUUUAGUUUUAGAACAUUUAAAAACCGUUGGUAAAACAGAAUCAAAAACUCAUUAUGAUGUAGUCAAUACCGUUAAUAAAGAUGAUGGUGAAAUUAUUCAAGUUAAUUUGCAUUCACAUGAAGUUAAAAAAACAGGUCAAUAUAAACAAAAUUAUGAUAAUUCAUGUUAUCAUGAACAAACCGGCAAGAGAUUUUUAUUUGGUAGAACAAUUGAAGAUUCAAAUUUAAAUCAAUGUUUUAAUUCUGAAUAUGAUUUAGAUUCAUCACAAUGUGGAUUUGAUUUUAUUGAAUAUAAUGAUGCUUCAAACUGUUCAUCAGAUGCAACUAAAUACUCAUGUGUUUUAGAUGUUAUGAAACAACAAGAUGCAACUAAAAAAUUAAAAGAUAUGGAUGACGUUCCUGCUCAAGUUAGAUGUUAUCAUUCAUUAAAUCAAGCUCAAAAAAUUGAUGCUAAAGAUGGUGCAUGUGCUAAAUAA